GCGUCAUGGUGUCCACCAUGCCGAAGAUUUACCCCAAAGCUAGUGGAGGUGUAUGAGGAACUCUCUUCAAAAGGUGAUUUUGAGGUUAUUUUUAUCCCAAGUGACAGAGAUGCUGACUCAUUCAAUGGUUACUUCUCAAAGAUGCCAUGGCUUGCAAUUCCAUUUUCUGAUUCAGAGACACAUGAUCGCUUAAAGAAGUUAUUCGAGGUGGCAGGAAUACCUCAUCUUGUAAUCCUGGAUGAAGAGGGUAAAGUUUCUACUGAAGAUGGAGUUGAGAUCAUACAGGAGUAUGGCGUGGAUGGGUACCCUUUUUCUGCUGAAAAGAUCAAAGAAUUAAAAGAACAAGAAGAAAAAGCCAGAAGGGAACAGUCCUUAAGAUCUAUCUUGGUUUCCCCUAAUUGUGACUUUGUUAUCUCAUCUGAUGGAAACCAGGUACCGGUAUCUGAACUUGAAGGGAAGACUGUAGGUCUAUAUUUUGCAGUGUCUUCCUACCCGCCAUCAGUUACUUUUACUCCAAAACUUGUUGAGGCCUACAAUAAACUGAAAGAACAAGGGGAAAGUUUUGAGAUUGUGUUGAUAUCACUUGAUGAUGAAGAAGAAUCAUUCAAGCAAAGCUUUGGAGACAUGCCUUGGUUGUCCUUGCCUUUUAAGGACAAGAGAGGUGGGAAACUGCUGCGGUACUUUGAGCUCUCAACCCUUCCAACGCUUGUUAUCAUUGGGCCUGAUGGGAAAACUCUCCACCCUAACGUUGCUGAAGCAAUUGAAGAGCAUGGACAUCAGGUAUAUCCAUUCACCCCUGAAAAAUUUGCUGAGCUUGCAGAAAUCGAGAAAGCAAAGGAGGCAGAACAAACCUUGGAAUCAAUUCUGGUCUCAGGGGAUCUGGAUUUUGUCAUUGGGAAGGAUGGUGCCAAGAUUCUGGUGUCUGAUUUAGUUGGGAAGAACAUUCUCUUGUAUUUCUCAGCACAUUGGUGCCCUCCAUGCCGUGCCUUCCUGCCAAAACUUAUUGAAGCAUACCACAAGAUCAAGGCAAAGGAUGAGGCAUUUGAAGUGAUUUUUAUUUCUACAGACUGGGAGGAAAUGGCAAAGGGGUGGCCUGAGAAGGUCAAGCACCCCCUGCAUGAAGAGCAUGAGCUCAUUCUUACUCGUCGAAGGUUUUUCAACUGCGAUGGAUGUGAGAAAGAAGGACGUGUCUGGUCGUACUAUUGUAAAGAAUGCGACUUCGAUCUCCAUCCAAACUGUGCUUUGAAGCAAGACGAAGGAGCUGAUGGUGAUGCCAAGGAGGAAGCAAAACCAAAUGAAGGAUUGGUCUGUGAAGGAGGGGUCUGCAAAAGAGUAUGAACUAUCUUGUGUCCUUGGAUGGUUGUGUUUUUGUGUGUUAUCGUUAUGUUUUGGGUGCAGCCGCAGUCUUACCCUGAGUCACUAUCUUUUAGCUAAGUAGUGUCUAUGGUGUGUGGGUACGUUUUAAAUUCUGCCUGGUGUGUUCCCUAGUAAUGAAUAAAAGAACAUGUUUUCUGCUGCAAUCUCU